ACUUCACAGCUUAGCAUCCCGGACGCGUGAGUAAGAGAAGUACUGCGAGUUAUCGUUUUCAACUAUUUUAGACCGAAGUCACCAUUUAUAAAUAGCAGAUUUCACAAAAAAACAGCAAAACGGCCCUAACAAUGUGAGGCAGUGGCGUCCUGUGUUUUGGCAUCUCUCUAGUUCAGUCAGCAGAAAGAGGAUCCGUGCAGUCAUCAGCUGCUGCAGAGGAAAGUCUUUGCAAUGUCUCUAUUGGAGGAUGUUGUAUAUGUGCUGCGCACAGUGCUGGAGUAUUUUGGCGUACCUCCAGACAUGUUGGACCCCGUGUGGACCAGUCAGCUGUGUGGACAGUAUCGCAGCAUUAUAAGGAUGAUUGGGACCAACCUCCCUCUGAAGCCCCCCCCACGUGUCCAUUUUCAGAUCCCCUUGGUUGCUAACAUGCUGCAUGAUGUGGAUGCCACAGGGGACACACCGGCCAUCCCCUCUUUGGCUGACAUCAUGUGGGUGUUUGAGGACAAGGGGGACAGUUUUGCUAAAACUAGGAUGCAUUUACCCCCAAAGAAGCAGAAUUGCAUAAAUGCCAUUCAGAAUGACUUGGAGCCAAAUAUUGUUCAUAAAAAAGAAAGGUCUGCUGGCCAUGCAGCAGAUCCAGAAACACUGAAGAAGAUCUCAGCGCUGGAGAGCGAACUGCUCAAACUGCGGGCUCAGAUAGCCAUGAUUGUUACCGCCACCCCAGGCGCGGAUCAAACAGAGUCCCAUAAUGCCCCACUAGUGUCCCUGACGUCGCCUCUGCCGCUUCCAGCUCUCACCUCCACUCCUCGCUCCGCUCCUGCUCCUCCUCCUCCUCCCCCACCACCUCCCCCUUGCCCAAGCUCCUCCACCGACACACUGGAUGUGAUGCAGCUGAUCAGACAAAACAGGAAGAACAAAACUGUUAACGGUCAGCUGCAGCCACACAACAAAGAAUCUGAAAAUAAAGGGAUGCCCUCCAUGAUGGAUGUUUUAAAGAACUUAAAUCAAGUUAAACUGCGUUCAGUACAAAGAUCACCAGGAGGAACGCCGGUCGGGGGGAGGCGCAGUAAGGGAGGAGCCGCGGUGCUGAGUGACCCGGCAGCUCUCAUCGCUGAGGCGCUAAAACGGAAAUUUGCACAGCAUCGCCAUAACACAUCCUCCGACAAAGAGAAUUCACGGGAACUCUCGCCUUUCGGCAGUCCAGAAUCCCCCAAGGUUUCUGUCCACUUCAGGCGCAGUCAGGGACGGCGCCACUUCUGAGCCAUUACAUUGUGACUCCAAUAUUUAAAGGCAAUAGCAGGUUCUAACUGCAUGUGUUCACACAGACGUGCCUCUGAGUGGAUUUCUGCUGAAGCUGCUGGUUACGGGUCAUUUUUUGCUCUCUGUUUUUCUGCUCUUUUCCUUGUGUUUUUGUUUAUUUGAUGGGGUUUUGGGUUUAAUGUCAUCCAUGCUGGCUCUGGACAUAAAGGUUUUUGUCCUUUGAAGUUUGCUGUUUUAGAAGUUGCGGGUAAGUUUUGGAUUUAAGCCAGAUUUCAGAUUCUCUGAGCUGUAUUCUAUGCAAUUUUUUAAAAAAGUUGUUUCAUUUUAUUAAAGAAUCUAAAUGGACUUUUUCCAACUUUU